AUGAUUUAUAUUUUGAACAGGAAGCAUUUUCAUCUUUAUAUUGAAGUAGACUUUCUCCGCGCAGCGAAAAGCCGAAUGGGUGACUUCAUGAUGUCAGACAUACACCAAAACGAGAUUCCGACGACGAUGACGACGACGACCUCUCUGGAGGCUCUGCAAAGCUCCGAGCAGCGUGAACUCAUGGAUCUCGUUGACCGACUUCGAAGAGCGGGAUUGAGUACACUGUUGCAGUUGCCACAGAUCGUCGUUUGUGGCGACCAAUCAUCAGGGAAGAGCUCUGUCUUGGAAGCCAUCACUGAGAUUCCAUUCCCUCGGAAGGAAAACCUGUGCACUCGGUUUGCUACAGAGAUCAGUCUUCGACGCGAUAUAGAGGAAUCCAUUUCGUGCAAGAUCAACCCGGAUGAGACACGUCAAGACCACGAGAUGGAUCGUCUGCGUAGCUUCUCUAGGACUAUUCAAGAUUUCGGUGAGCUGCCUUCGCUCAUAGACGAAGCCACAGAAGCAAUGGGGCUUGGACCAUCCAAAGCGUUCUCGAAAGACGUUCUAUGUAUCGAGAUAUGUGGACCGAAUCGACCGCAGCUUACGUUGAUUGAUCUUCCUGGCCUCAUUCAUGCGUCCAACAAAUCACAGUCUGAGGAAGACGUCGAGCUGAUAAAGUCGCUUGUCAAAGACUACAUAUCGAAACAACGUACCAUCAUGCUCGCAGUCGUCUCUGCGAAAAACGACUACGCGAAUCAGAUCAUCCUAAAGAUGUGCCGUGAGUUCGACACAAAGGGAGCUCGAACUUUGGGCAUCAUUACAAAACCGGACUUCCUUCGGCCUGGAUCGGAAAACGAGUCGACAUGGCUCGACUUAGCAAGUAACAAAGACAUAUUCUUCGAAAUUGGAUGGCAUCUACUUAAAAAUCGUGCGGAUGACCAACACAGUAUUUCCUUUGAUCAAAGAAACCUUGAAGAGCAGGCUUUCUUCAAGGCAGGAAAUUAUACGUCCCUUCCUCGGAGUAUGAUGGGUGUACACCACCUCCGUGAGCGUCUCAGCGUACUCUUAUUUGAUCACUUGCGAAAGGCCUUGCCUGAUCUCGAGGAUGAAUUGAAUUCCAUGUUAUCAAAGACACUGGCCGAGCUAGAAACCUUGGGAAAGUGCCGGGAUAGUCUUGCCGACCAACGAAUCUUUCUCGCCGAGCUUGCAACAUCAGCGUCCAACAUAAUUCGAAUGGGUUGCGACGGAAUCUACGAAGCUCCCUUUUUCGGAAGCAUCGAUGUCGACGCUCCUGUUGAUGCGCAACAGAAUUUUGUCAGACUGCGCGCAGUAGUGCAACAUUUGAACAUUGUUUUUGCGGACAAGAUACGGCUCAAUGGCCAUACAUUCGAGAUUGAGAAGGAAUAUGAAGAGAUUCACGAGGAUGAUAUCAACCAUGAUGAACCUUGGGUGACUGCGAGGAAGAGAAUCCGUAAGACGACCCAAAAGCCAAUAAAGAUGAGACGGCAACAAGCAAUCAAAUGGGUGAACCAAAUACAAUAG